AUGGAGGGCUUUUAUGUUGGAGUGCACGGGAACAUCGAAGAUCUCUCCGAACCCAAAAUAUUUUUCAUGCUGAAGGCCGAGAAAUUUGUCAAAGAGGUCCUUCACAUCAAACCACAACACUCGGGUCUCAAAUUGGAGGCUUUUGUGGUUACUGGCCUCAAUGAGAACACGAUAAUUACAUGUCAACGCCCGUUGAACAAGCUCAUCAGCGAUUGUUGCACAAUCAUUCAAGAAGAGCUUGAAUCUAUUGCGCUUGAGAAGAACAUCAAGAAGGCUGUCAAAAUGAACUAUGUCAACUACGAGCGCAACAUAGUCGAGCACUGCAGUGUCGCUCUCAUAGGCUGGCCACUGCUUGGACCCGUUUGCAACCCAAGCAAAGUUGGCAGAAGGGCUGAGGUUCAGAAAUUGCUUGAUGCUCUACAGAGAGAACCUCACCACAGGGAAUCUUGCCAUUGGGUUGUGCUCACGGAUGAAGAAUUGGUUCAACAAAUGAUGGAAAAUUGGGCAUGCCACUCACAUGGAGAAGCGGUAUAUGUUGCACGAAAGAAGAGGAAGGUUACGGGCCCAGGGCACAAGAGCAACUGCCACCAUCAACACUGA